UGACAAAGGGCAUUUGUUUCCUUCCUGCAAAGGCAAAUUGACUCAUGUGGUGCUUUGCAAUCUAAACGCUGCUCAGUUCCAGGAUGAAGGGAUCCUCAGGUCUCCCGCUAGUGCUGAUGCUAACAGGUCUUCUUGUGCCUACCAACACUUUCUUACCUCCAACAUCUAGGAUUCCAUUCUUUGAAAGGUCUAACAAGCCAAGGAGAAGACUAGAAGAGGUAACAAAGGUGCAAGGAGAGUCUCUCAGCAUAGAGGGCUUCUGUUCACAGCAACAAGAGAAAGUUUGGUGCAAAGGAGACCUGCUUGGAGAAUGUAAUCCUGCAGAGCCUCUUAGCCGAUCAGGACCAGGAUGGAAGCAUCUGACUACAGUACCAAACCAAAGGGUUAUACUUCAGGAUCUGAGAAAUGGCUGUGUUUCUUUUUUCAUAUCAGCUCUCCAAGUAGAAGAUUCAGGGAUAUACUGGUUUGGGAUUCUAGAGGGCCUGAAUAUUACGCCUUUAAGAAAAAUGAAAGUGAUUGUUCAGAAAGGUUUCCUUGUGCCUACCAAUACUCUCUCACCUCCAACACCUAGGGUUCCAUUCUUUGAAAAGCCUAGCAAGCCAAGAAGAGGACUAGAAGAAGUGAUGAAGAUUCAAGGAGAGUCCCUCAGCAUAGAGGGCUUCUGUUCACAGCAACAUUUGCACGAAGACAAAGUCUGGUGCAAAGGAGACCUGCUGAAAGAAUGUAACCCUACAGAGCCUCCUAGUCUCUCAGGACCGGGAUGGAAGUAUCUGGCUACUGAAUUGAACCAGAGGAUUGCAUUACAGGAUCUGGGAAAUGGCUGUGCUUCUUUUUUUAUGUCAGCUCUCCAAGUAGAAGAUACAGGGAUAUAUUGGUUUGGGAUUCUGGAUGGCCUGAAUAUUACACCAUUAAGAAAAAUCAAAGUGACUGUUCGUAAAGGACAGCAAAAUAACAGCACCGUGACAGCAGCCAGUGAAAAUGAACAAAGAGUUUACCAGGUUGUCUUAGUCCUGGUUUCCAUUGCAGUUGGCAUAACUAUCAUAGCUGCUCUUGCAUUAGUUGUUGUCACGAUGCUCCUCCAGAAGAAAAUGACAGAAGCAGAUGACCUGAAUUUUGGUGAUAACCCAAACUGUAGAGUAAUAACAUUACAGAUACAUGAAAGCAAUGCUACCAAUAAUUCUAUGGACAAAGAAGCAAGCCCAGCAUAUGCCAUAUUGAAACAGCCAAAAUCAAGGAUAGAGGAUGUGACGCAUGUCAACACAAAGUUUCCAAGGUCAAGUUUCAUCAAAUGUUCUAGUGUGCUCUCCUCUUCAGGCCAGUGCUCUCCUGGUGUGCUCUCCUCUUCUGGAUCUGUCAAGUAUGCAAACAUCAUUUUUGGUUCCCGGGUUCAACAUAUCAAGGACUAAAGACAAACCGGACUUACCUGUAUGAAUUCUAUGGUCCUGGUUCUGAAACGUAGUAAUGAAAUACACCUACCAAAGGUAGAAGUUACAUUUGGCUGAGAAUUCAAAGGUAUUUUCCAGAUGCCUCUUUAGUUUCUUAGAAGUGUUAGACUGAUUAUUAUUUUAAGAGCUGUUAGACUAACCUAAAAUAUAAUAGGUUCAUUAUCUGGAACUAAUAUGUAAGCCAGCCCACACAUGCAGGCAUCCCUACCCCCCACAUGGGAGUAGCUUUGACCCCCACGCUAUCAUACGGAGGCACAUUUCCUCAAACCAGGCUGUGCACAGGAAGCCAGCCACUAUCUCUAACAGUGAACACCGUGGAUGUGAAAACAAACUGUGCGUUUGCUCUCCCACCACCCCUAGACUCCCAAGUUCAGUUCUCAUUCAUGCUAUGGAUGCUUUAAACUCCUCUCAUAAAAAAUAUAAUUGAGUAUAGCAUGUAGCAUAUGUACGCAUAAAGUGCCCUGAGUAUAAAAAAAGGCUUUCAGCCCAUUUUUCUCAACAACUGCAAUUUGUGAAAUAUGUUGGUGAAGAUAAUUUCACAGACACAAGUGGGAAGAACAUACUAUAUCUUUUUAGACACAUGGGUUGCCUAAGACUUCUUGGCAGUGAGGAGGGGUGUUAAAAUGUUUUCUUGUUCUUUUGAUAUGUAAUGACCUGGUUAUAUACUUUUUAACUAUGAACAAAUGAUAUAUUUUUUAAAAACCUGCAAAAUGUGAACUAUCAGUCAGGAAACUGGCUUCCCUGGAUAACAUCUGUUUUAAGGGUUCAAGCCUGAUUAGGGGUAUGACAGGGUGGGGAACCUUUGGCCCUCCGUAUGUUGCUGAACUACAACCCCAGCAAGCACGGCUAAUGGCCAUGGAGGAUGGCAGUUAUAGUUCAGCAACAUCUGGAAGGCCAAAGGUUCCUCACACCUGGGCUAAAUAGUUGUAUUUAUUUAACAUUUGUUGUAAACAUUUAAGGCCAACCUUAACGACAACAGACAUUCUGUGCAUUUAAAACACUGAAGUAUCCCAUUUUGGGGGUGGGGGAGGAAGGGAGAGCAGGAGGGUUGUUUUAGCUCCAACACCAGAUGUGUGUUUGAGCAGCUGAAAAGCAGUUGAGAAGGGCUGCGGGGAGACAUGUGGAGGCACAGGGAGGGUUUAAGCCAGAGCUUGGAAAAGUUACUUUUUUGAACUGCAACUCCCAUCAGUCCAGUCCAGUGGCCAUGCUGGCUGGGGCUGAUGGGAGUUGUAGUUCAAAAAAGUAACUUUUCCAAGCUCUGGAACUUUAAGCACCCCUCGCAGUUUGUUGGAAAAGUGAUGUACUUCAUGAAUAUUAGCUUUCAAGUGUGUUCAAAUUUUUAUGAGGCAAUUCUAGUUGCUAUUUAUACGACUGCCGCUGCACUGACUACAUGGAACUACACCAUGAACUGUCUCUUUAUAAUUUUUCAAUUGAAAGACAACUAAUUAAUUUACUUUUAUUAUUGUUGAAUUCACACAAACAGUGACCAUAUUAUGGGUUGGGGAAGGCAAUUGUCUUAUACUACAUGCUAAACUAGAGGUAUCUUUAUCUCCAAUCCCGGGAGUGACAGCAGUGCAACUUGCCAUUGGAAAGUGAGAAAGAUAUAAAAUGCUCUCUAAUGGCAUGAGCUUCCAGUGGCAAUCCCUUCUCACAGUAUGUGAUACACAACAUAUUAUAAGAGUUAUGCAAUUACCAAAUUGCUUGGCGAUCACUCUUCCUAAGUAUAUUCUGCAACUCAGAUGAGACCAAUACAUCCAACACAAAGUACAGAGUUUCACCUGCUACUGUAAAUAAAACCAAAUGUGAGAAUGUUCAACAAGCGUAGGUGAAAAAAAAUCUUUAAGGCUCCCUCUGCUGGGCAAACUAGGAAGAUAUCUAGUUUUGAUGGGCAGUCAAGGCAGUUAAUGAAGGCAGCUCCACAUUCCCUUCGCAAGAACAAGACUGGGAAUUAGCAUGUAGCAUUAUUUUAUUUAUUUGAUUUGAUUUAUAUCCCGCCCUUCCUUCCAGCAGGAGCCCAGGACGGCAAACAGAAACACUUAGAACACUUUCAAACAUCAUAAAAACAGACCUUAAAUUAAAACAAAACAACUUUAAAAACAUUUUUAAAAAAGCUUUAAAAACAUCUUUUAAAAAGGGUUAAAAACAUUAAAAAGCAAUUCUAACACAGACACAGACUGGGAUAGGUUUCAACUUAAAACGCUUGUUGAAAGAGGAAAGUCUUCAAUAGGGCCCAAAAGAUAGCAGACAUGGCGCCUGCCUAAUAUUCAAGGGGAGGGAAUUCCACAGGGUAGGUGCCGCCACACUAAAGGUCCGUUUCCUAUAUUGUGCAGAACGAACCUCCUGAUAAGAUGAUAUCUGCAGGAGGCCCUCACCUGCAGAGCUCAGUGAUCGACUGGGUAUAUAAGGGGUAAGACAAUCUUUGAGGUAUCCUCAGUAUACCUCUUAUUUACCCACCAAUUUCCUCACCUGCCCAAAUUCCAUGCCAAAAGGCAAGCACACAUCUCUUUGAAUUUGAACCUCUGUAGUAUGAAGUGGGCAAAAUGAGAAGGAUCCUUAAAAGCAGAAUCCAGCCAAAAAAUUCCUGCUCAGCCCCUAAGCGGCGAUUGGCAAAGCCCAUACUACAUACAGGGAAGAAGGGUGGGUGCAACAAAAGCAUGAGUAUCCUGGUCCCGAGCUGUAUAGGGCUUUGUACGCCAAAACUAGAACCUUGAACUCGGCCUGGUAGCAAAUGGGCAGCCAUUGCAACUCUUUCAGUAGUGGGGUGACAUGUUGGCGAUACCCUGGCCCAGUGAGCAGUCUCGCCGCCACAUUUUGCACCAGCUGCAGUUUCCAUUACAUUCACCUAUCCAAAUAUUUUUUAGACAUUUGCACCAUUUGAUGGAACCAUACCCACUCCCAAUUUGCUCAUCCAGUUUUUUCACUAGCUUCUUGUUCUUGUUGAGUUUCUUCAAAGCCUCUAUGUCCAUGUGAGACAUGGCAACUGCUUUGGUCUCAUCACAGUGCUGCUAGUCCCCCAACACACAGAGAAAAACUUAGGCCGCAGAGCAGACUUGAGCCUGAGAAAGAAAGAAGGCAACACCACACAUAACACUAAACAUCUGCAGCUAUACAAAUCCUCAAAGAAAACUCAAACCAUUGCUGAACACUCUUCCCCAUUCAAAUAGCCAGAAAAUGUUCAACCACAUCUACUUUAGCUUCUUAAAAUAGUCAGAGAGAUCCACAAGAGUACUUAAAGACACCACCCUCCCCUUAUGUUCCAAGAUCUAGGGUAAGGGGUCUCUACAGCUACAUCCACUAUUACACGGAAAGGUCUAAACAGGAACCCAUUUCUCACAUGGCCAACAGCAAAUGCUCUCACCUAUGCCGAUCAACACUGCCUACGUGCAAGCACUUUCCUGAGCACACAAGGGAGCUUUGGGCACCCACCCUGUGUGAAGAAUAGUCAGGACUGAGGGCCAAUCUGCUAGCUUCCUACUAUGCUGCCCUUCUCCCCAUACACCUAAGAAAGGAAAAUUAUUUCGACAAGAAAAGAGUGGAUGCAGCCAGGAAAAGAGCAAGUACCUCAUCUUGGCUUCUUGUCAGUCACCAGAAAAGGAGUGCAGACAUCCUUUCAUGAGAGAGGUGAACCACCUAAUCUUGUGAGAAGAUGCGUCCUGUGGGAUGCCAUGCUAGGAGCAGGAACAUGCCAACAUUAUGCAACAGAAGAAAAAUAGUUCCGUGCGUGUUGGAGGGUGGGGUGUGAGCACACACUUACUUAGCAAAUGGCAGGAAAGAGUCAAGAACCCAAGUAGAUUGUGGCUGCUUAAACAGGUAUAUUGUCACCAUUGAAGCUGCCCUUCAAGUCAGUCCUUACUGCAAUACAGCAACAGGGCUAGAAUUUGUCAAGAAUUAAGUGAAUUGUAAAAUGCUGCUGUACUCAGCAAUUCUAGCCCCAGCUGCACUAUACAUUUAACAGAGCUUGGGAGUAAUUAGUUACAAAAAAAUGAAUUACCUGUAACAAGUAGGUAAUUUAUUUACAUUUUGAUUGUAAUAGAGCGAGGAGCAACUUUAUUACUUUUGAGGUGUAAUUGUGUUACUUUUGGGUGUUCGGGGGGGAGCAGGGGAAGUCUGCUCUGAUUCAUGAAAAUCAUGUGCCUCAAACUGAGGUAUGCAGCAUCGCUCGUCUCGUGUUCUGUGGGUGUUUAGGAGGCAGCAAGGGAAGAGGUGGAGGGCGAGAUGGGUGGAGAAAACAGUUGUUUAAAAAAUGGAUGGUGGUGGUGGUGAAGAAUGGAGGGAGAAAGGAGUCGAAGAGCAAGAAUGUGGAUGGAGGAGAAGGCAGCAGCAGAAUGAAAACAAAGAACUGUGGAAGUGAGAGAUGAUGAUGUGUGCAUGUUAAUACUGUGUUUGUGCGCCUCUGCUGCCCUCCCUGGCUACUUUGCUGCAUUUGCAGUGUUUUAACUUUUUGGCACCCCGGUGGAAAACGUUUGCUUAGUUGGUGGCAGGGCAGGGUCCGGGAAGUGAGAGAGAUGAUGCUUUCUGGCUGAGAGUGUGUGUGUUGGGGAGGGGAGGUUGCAAUUGCUUUGGUGCACAAAGAUCUGAGUGGUGGCCUCUGCCUCCCUCCCUGCUUCCCUUAUCAGGGGAGAGACCACA